AUGGGAGCCUGUGCCCGCAGACUAGGCUUGCUUCUCUCUUGCUGCUGUCUGCUCCGGGUUGAGCCUGCUGCUGCGGAGGCCCUGCGGGGGCAGCGUCGGGCAUCAACGCUUCCAUGGAAAGCCAGUGCAGAGCUUCAACAGGAGCCCGUUCCUGAGCCCGGUCAUGGCUACCAGGAGAUGUCCCUUGCAGAAGACGCCACAGCAGUGAUGGAAGGUCAGGAGGCCGAAGCUCUAGAUGCAGUGGCCAUGUCUUCGUGGGAAAGGCGACUCCACCGGGCCAAGUGCGCACCAUCUUAUUUGUUCUCCUGCUUCAAUGGGGGCGAGUGUGUGCACCCAGCUUCCUGUGACUGCAGACGCUUUAAUGCCACCGGACCUCGUUGCCAGUUGGUAUAUAACACCGGUCCUGAGCGGGACAGCAUCUGCCGGUCCUGGGGGCAGUACCACGUGGAAACCUUUGAUGGCCUGUACUACUACCUCUCCGGAAAGGGCAGCUACACGCUGGUGGGACACCAUGAACCUGAUGGUCAGAGCUUCUCCAUCCAGGUGCACAAUGACCCACAGUGUGGUCCUGCCCACUACACCUGCCCGAGGUCUGUCAGCCUCUUCCUUUCGGGUGAACGUGAGAUCCGCCUGGCCAAGGAGGUCACCCAUGGAGGUGUAAGGGUCCAGCUGCCCCAGGCGGUGGGGGGUGUGCAGCUGCAGCAGCUGGCUGGUUAUGUCAUCGCACGGCAUCCGUCGGCCUUCACACUGGCCUGGGAUGGGGCCUCAGCUGUCUACAUCAAGAUGAGUCCGGAGUUUGUGGGCUGGACACACGGGCUGUGUGGGGACAACAAUGCUGACCCUCAGGAUGACUUGAUGACCAGCUAUGGGAAGCUGAGCGAUGAUGUAGGGGAGUUUGUGCACAGCUGGCAGGAGCAAGCCCCCAACAGCCCUCCAGGGGCUGGGACUCCUUCCCUGCCUCGACCACCGUGCCUGCAGCAGAGCCCAGCGUCCAUGCAGGGCGUGUAUGAGCGGUGUGAGGCGCUAUUGAGACCUCCCUUCGACGCCUGCCAUGCCUAUGUCAGCCCUCUGCCCUUCACAGCCAGCUGUACCAGUGACCUCUGCCAAUCAGGAGGCGAUGUUACUUGGUGCCGAGCACUGAUGGAAUAUGCCCGGGCGUGCGCACAGGCAGGGCGCCCUCUGCAGGGCUGGAGGACCCAACUGCCACAAUGCACUGUGCCUUGCAAAGAGGAGGCCUUCAUCUACAACGAGUGCAUUGCUUGCUGCCCGGCUUCCUGCCAAUCCCGUGCUUCCUGUGUGGACAGCGAGAUCGCCUGUGUGGAUGGCUGCUACUGCCCCAAUGGGCUGAUCUUGGAGGAUGGGGGCUGCAUGUCACCAGCUGAGUGUCCCUGUGAGUUCCAUGGGACCCUGCACCCGCCUGGCUCCGUGGUGACAGAGGACUGCAAUGUCUGUACUUGCACUGCAGGAAAGUGGAUGUGCAGCUCUUCUGUCUGCCCAGCCGAAUGCUCAGUGACCGGCGACAUCCACUUCACGACCUUUGAUGGACGCCGGUACACGUUCCCUGCCACGUGUCAGUACAUCCUAGCCAAGAGCCGCUCCUCGGGCGCCUUUACAGUAACAUUGCAGAAUGCUCCGUGUGGCCUGAACCAGGAUGGAGCCUGUGUCCAGUCAGUGUCAGUAAUUCUACACCAGGACUCCCGGAGACAGGUGACCCUGACGAAGGCGGGAGAUGUCCUUCUGUUUGACCAGUACAAGAUCACCCCGCCCUAUUCAGAUGAUGCCUUCGAGAUUCGGCGGCUGUCCUCCGUGUUCCUGAGGGUGAGGACCAACGUGGGCGUGCGGGUCCUCUAUGACCGGGAAGGCUUGCGGCUAUACCUGCAAGUGGACCAGCGAUGGGUGGAGGACACUGUGGGUCUCUGUGGCACCUUCAAUGGCAACACACAGGACGACUUCCUGUCUCCAGUGGGUGUGCCCGAGAGCACCCCACAACUGUUUGGCAAUUCUUGGAAAACCCUGUCCGCCUGCUCCCCGCUGGUCCCCGGCUCCCUGCUGGACCCCUGUGAUGUGCAUCCGCAAGCCGCCUCCUAUGCACUACAGUCAUGUAGCGUGCUCAUGGGGGAGCUCUUUGCGCCCUGUUCUGCAUAUCUGAGCCCAAUGCCCUACUUGGAGCAAUGCCACGGGGAUGCCUGCCGCUGCGGGCAGCCCUGUCUGUGUGCGACGCUGGCCCACUAUGCCCGCCUGUGCCGGCGCCAUGGGCUCCUGGUUGACUUCCGCGCCCAUCUGCCAGCCUGUGCACUGACCUGUGAGGCCACCAAAGAGUACAGCCCGUGUGUGGCCUUGUGUGCACAAACAUGCCAGGACCUGGCCAGCCCUGAUGUCUGUGGGGCUGAUGGUGGUGGCAACUUCAGCAGGGUUGAGUGUGUGGAGGGUUGCACCUGCCCACCAGACACGUACCUGGACACCCGAGCUGACCUCUGUGUCCCCAGGAACCAAUGUUCAUGCCACUUCCAAGGAGUGGACUAUCCGCCUGGGGACAGCGACAUCCCUUCCCUGGGCCGCUGCCACUGCAGAGAUGGAGCCAUGAGCUGUGACAGCCGAGCCCCAGCUGUUGCCUGUCCAGCAGGCCAGAUCUUCGUCAACUGCACUGAUCUGCACCUGGACCCUGAGCUCAGCAGGGAGAGGACGUGUGAGCAUCAGCUGUUGAACCUGAGCAUGCCAGCACGUGGUCCCUGCCUGUCAGGCUGUGCCUGUCCCCAAGGCCUGCUCAGACACGGGGAUGCGUGCUUCCCACCAGAGGAGUGUCCGUGCAUCUGGAAGGGGAAGGAGUAUUUCCCUGGGGACCAGGUAGUAUCUUCCUGCCACACCUGUGUGUGCCAGCGGGGCUCAUUCCAGUGCACUCUGCACCCCUGUGCGUCCACCUGCACUGUCUAUGGGGACCGACACUACCGUACGUUCGAUGGGCUUCCAUUUGACUUCGUAGGGGCAUGCAAGGUGCACCUGAUCAAAAGUGUGUCAGAGCUCAGCUUCUCAGUGAUGGUGGAAAACGUGAACUGUUACAGCUCCGGCGUCGUGUGCAGGAAGUCCAUCUCCAUCAGCGUGGGCAGCUCCGUCGUCAUCUUCGAUGAUGACUCAGGGGAUCCUAGUCCUGAGAGCUUCCUGGAUGAGAAGCAUGCUGUCCACAUCUGGAGAGCAGGCUUCUUCACGCUGGUGCAUUUCCCGAGGGAGCACAUCACCCUCCUCUGGGACCAGAGAACCACUGUGCACGUCCAGGCCGGCCCUCAGUGGCAGGGUCAGCUGGUGGGCCUUUGUGGGAACUUUGACCUGAAAACUGUCAGUGAGAUGAGGACCCCAGAGAACCUGGAGUUGACAAACCCCCAGGAAUUUGGCAGCAGCUGGGCUGCAUUGGAGUGCCCAGAUACCCCUGACCCCCGGGACACAUGUGCCCUCAAUCCCCUGCGAGAACCCUUUGCCAGGAAGGAAUGUGCUAUUCUGCUCAGUGAGGUGUUUGAGCCCUGCCAUCCCGUGGUUGAUGUCACUUGGUUUUACUCCAACUGCCUGACGGACACGUGCGGCUGCAGCCGGGGUGGUGACUGUGAGUGCUUCUGUGACAGCGUGUCUGCCUAUGCCCAUCAGUGCUGCCAGCACGGGGUGGUCAUUGAUUGGCGGACCCCCCGCCUCUGCCCCUACGACUGUGACUUCUUCAACAAAGCUUUAGGUAAGGGUCCCUACCAGCUGCUCAGUGCGGAGGCUGGUGGCACUCUCGUGGCCUCGAAGGCGGUAGGCAGUGACAUAGCCCUUGUGAGGGCAGAGGAUCUGGCGCCAGGCGACAUUUCAAGCUUCCUGCUGACAGCUGCUCUGUACAAGGCCAAGGCCCAUGAUCCUGAUGUCGUGUCCCUGGAGGCAGCCGACAGACCCAACUUCUUCCUGCACACCUCAGCCAAUGGGUCCAUAGGGAUGGCUAAGUGGCGGGGUGAUGAAGCCUUCCAACAGCAUGCCUCCUUCUCCCUGCACCGGGGGACAUGGCAGGCCGGCCUGGUGGCUCUGGAGUCCCUGGCAAAGCCUGGCUCCUUCCUGCACUCGGCAGGCCUUGAGCUGGCUCUGCGGACAUACGAGCACACAGAGGCUUUCCGUGGCGGUGCGCUCUUCCGCCUCCUGGAUGCCACGCCCCUGGGGGCUGCUUAUCCCCCCUGUGAGUGGCACUAUGAUGCCUGUGCCAACCCCUGCUUCCAGACCUGCCGGGACCCACAGGCAGCUAGCUGCCAGGAUGUGCCCAGGGUAGAAGGCUGUGUCCCUGUGUGCCCUACACCCAAGGUCCUGGAUGAAGUCACACAGAGAUGUGUCUAUCUGGAAGACUGUGUGGAGCCAGCCCUGCAGGGUCCCACGGAGGAGGCACUUAGUAAUGAGACCCUGGCACCUGCUGAAGUGCUCUCCACCCCCAGUGACAAGCUGCAGCUCCCACAGGGGCCUCCAAGAGCCCCCACCCACAGGCCUGCCCUUGUCCCACCGACUUCAGCCCCAAAUCCACCAAUGGCUGCCACCGGGGGCCAAGGGCCAUCUCCAGGCCCCACCCAACCCACACUGCAAUCCUCACCUGGGCUUCCAACGUCUAACCUUACUGCUCAGUACACAGAGGCCCUAGCCAGCGAGGAAGGGACUGCCGGCCUCGUAGCCACCUCUCGCCCCCCGGAGUCCUCAUCCCCCCUCCUUGGAUCUCUGCAGACACCCACAUCUGGCAUUGUGUCAGGCACAACAGAGACCACCAAAGUGACCCUGACCUUCUUCCCACAGAGUCCCAACACCACCGUACCCUCCCGGUCACGCCCUGUACCUCGCUUCCCACUCACGACCAAAGCUGUGACAGUUCUGAGCCGUGACUCCUUUCCUGUUGGGACAACACCCUUGCAGCCCUCUUGGCUACCAAGCCCCUCUUCCGGAUCCAUGACUUCCCCGGGAGCGACUCCCAGGCCCCCCACGUCCCUGGGGUCCCAGUUGACUACAGUAACUAAGGUCACAAAUAAGACAGUGAUGUCCCCGUUCGCCUUGGCCCAGAGCACGUCAAGGUCUAGCCACCCCCUGGCUGUGUCGAGCUCAACAGAGCAGGCCAUCAGACCCUUUGUCACCAAGGAUUUGGAGGUGGCGCCAGCUACAGAGAAGGAAGAGCCUGGGCAGAGCCAGCCUGUAAGGCUGCCGAUGUCCGCGCACCCAAGCUCAGUCCCCAUUGACCUGCCUCAUCCAGCCCAACACACCACCACAGCAACCGGGCCUCCAGCUCUGUCCCUGGGGGCCCUGGCUGCUGGCAGCCCAUCCACAGGUGCUCACAAGCCGGGGGCCACAGCCUUAGUUUCUCUAGAGUCAACUCGGUCACCCCAGCUCCUGUCUGGCUUGCCUCUCGACACCAGCCUGCCGUUGGCUAAAGUGGGCACAUCUGGCCCGGUGGCCACACCAGGCCCCAAAGGCUCUAUCACCACCCCUGCAUCCCAGCAUCAGGCCGCCACUCUGGCCCUGGCCACGACCGUGACACCACGUGCUCACAAACUCAUUCCAACAGUGCCUCCUCUCCUGUCUGCUGUGGAGGACCUGGUGCCCUCACCUAGCCCCACAGUACCCCAAAUAACAGCUGUGGCUCCAGACCUAAUUCUGGGAGCCACGGCGCCAAGCUCUGGAGCCUCAGCCGUGACUGCUGGGGUGCCCCCUACAGUGUCUGUUGCCCCACGGAAGAGCACCACCCCUAAAGCAGCCAUCCUAUCUAAGAAAGUGUCCCCACCCACCUCCACCUCUGGCUCCACCCGGGGUGGGUUCACAGAACUCACAGCCAUAGUAAGCCAUACUAUCACUCCCUUGGAGAUGGAGACAGAAGGCCCCCAGGCGGACACAGUGCCCCUGGUGCCCACAUCCCACUCCCUAAGCCAGGGGUCAGCCAGGACGGCCUCCAGGGAGGGCUCACUGGCUCUGCUGCCUCAGCCGGCGGAAGCCCAUGGGACCCCAGCAGGGCUCCAGCCCCAAGAGGAUGCCCUGUACCAGGCCACCACGGAGCAGUCAGGGCGCUCAGCUCCAGCCCAGAGCAUAGCAGAGGGAUCGUCAGAGGUUGAAGUGAACGUUUCUGACACCUGUGUGCCCAUCGCUGAACAGGACUGCGUCCGACACAUCUGCCUAGAAGGCCAGCUAAUACGUGUGAACAGGUCCCAGCACUGUCCGAGGGGUGCUGCACCUCCACACUGUGGGGUCCUGGGCCUUGCCGUGCGGGUGGGUGGGGAUCGCUGCUGCCCGCUCUGGGAAUGCGCCUGCCGAUGCUCGAUCUUCCCAGACCUGAGCUUCGUAACCUUCGAUGGCAGCCAUGUGGCCUUGUUUAAGGAGGCCAUCUAUAUCCUCAGCCAGAGCCCCGAUGAAAUAAUCUCCGUACACGCCCUGGAUUGUAAGAGCGCCAACCUGGGACACCUGAACUGGCCCCCAUUCUGUCUGGUUGUACUGAAUGUGACUCAUUUGGCCCAUCAUGUCACCAUCGACCGCUUCAACAGGAAGGUAACUGUGGACUCUCAGGCUGUGUGGCCACCAGUGAGCAGAUAUGGGUUCCGGAUUGAGGAUACAGGCCAUAUGUACAUCAUCCGGACACCCUCGCACAUCCAGAUCCAGUGGUUCCACAGCUCGGGACUCAUGAUCUUGGAAGCCAGCAAAGCCAGCAAGGCCCAGGGCCGCGGCCUGUGUGGUAUCUGUGACGCAGAUGCAGCCAAUGAUCUCACCCUGAAGGACGGCUCUGUGGUGGGUGAGGCAGAGGACCCUGCUCCCUUUCUGGACAGCUGGCAGGUGCCCAGCUCCUUGACCUCAGAGGGUCAGACCCGCUUCCGCCCAGACAGUUGUACCACGGCUGACUGCUCGCCCUGCCUUCGCAUGGUGUCCAACCGCACCUUCAGUGACUGCCACCGCUUUGUCUCCCCAGAGUCAUUCUGUGAGCUGUGGAUCCGGGACACCAAGUAUGUGCAGCAGCCCUGUGUGGCACUUACCGUCUAUGUGGCCAUGUGUCACAAGUUCCAUGUGUGCAUUGAGUGGCGGGGCUCCGACUACUGCCCCUUCCUCUGCUCCAGUGGCUCUACCUACCGGGCAUGCGUAGCAGCUUGUGAACCCCCUGAAACGUGCCAGGAUGGGAUGAUACUAGGCCCGCUGGACCCAGAGCAGUGCCAGGUGCUGGGUGAGGGCUGCGUGUGCUCAGAGGGUACCAUUCUGCACCGGCGCUACUCUACGCUCUGCAUCCCUGGGGACAAGUGCGCCUGCACUGACAGCACAGGAGCGCCCCGCGCCCUGGGGGAAACUUGGAACAGUUCCCUCAGUGGCUGCUGGCAGCAACAGUGCCAGGCCCCAGGCACCAUCGUACCCGUGGACCCGGAUUGCCCUGGUCCCCGACCUGAGAGCUGCCCACGCUUUGGGGAAGUGAUGCUGUUACAGCCCACAGAGGACCCCUGCUGCCUGGGGAGUGUGUGCGUGUGCAACCAGACGCUGUGCGAGGGCCUUGCUCCCACCUGCCGCCCAGGUCACAGGCUCGUCACCCACUUCCAGGAGGGCUCCUGCUGUCCCAGCUACAGCUGCGAGUGUGACCCUGGUUUGUGUGAGGAUGAGCAGGUCCCCACCUGUCGCCAGGACCAAGUCUUGAUUGCCGGCCGCCUAGGGGACUCCUGCUGUACAUCCUACUUCUGCGGCUGUGGCGAGUGUCCAGACCCCAUCCCCGAGUGUGUGGAAGGAGAGGCACUCACUGUACACAGGAACAGCACGGAGCUCUGCUGCCCACUGUAUCAGUGUGUGUGUGAGAGCUUCCGCUGCCCGCAGGUACAGUGUGGCACGGGCACUUCCCUGGUAGAGGUGUGGAGCCCAGACCGCUGCUGCCCCUACAAGUCCUGUGAGUGUGACUGUGACACAAUCCCUGUGCCCAGAUGCCAUCUGUGGGAAAAGUCCCAGCUGGAUGAGGGGUUCAUGCACAGUGUGGAGAACGUGUGUGGCUGUGCCAAGUAUGAGUGUGUGAAAGCCCCCGUGUGCCUGAGCCGUGAGCUGGGGGUGAUGCAGCCAGGCCAGACUGUGGUAGAGCUUUCAGUGGAUGGCGUGUGCCAUACAUCCCGAUGCACAGAUGUGCUGGACCCUCUCACCAGCUUCUACCAGAUCAACGUCACCUCUGUCCUUUGUGACAUGCACUGCGAAGCGAACCAGGAGUACGACCACCCGCGGGACCUGGCUGCCUGCUGUGGCUCCUGCAGGAACGUGUCCUGCCUCUUCACCUUCCCCAAUGGCACCACUUCCCUCUUCUUGCCUGGCGCGUCCUGGAUUGCAGAUUGUGCCCGCCAUCACUGUGGCAGCACCCCUCUGGGUGCUGUACUUGUCCGCUCGCCCAUCAGCUGCCCUCCGCUCAAUGAAACCGAGUGUGCCAAGGUUGGCGGCUCUGUGGUACCGUCCUUGGAAGGAUGCUGUAGGACAUGUAAGGAAGAUGGACGCUCUUGCAAGAAGGUGACCAUCCGCAUGACCAUCCGCAAGAAUGACUGCAGGAGUAACACCCCUGUGAACCUGGUAUCUUGUGAUGGGAGGUGCCCUUCUGCCAGCAUCUACAACCACAACAUCAACACCUAUGCCCGCUUCUGCAAGUGUUGCCGCGAGGUGGGGCUGCAGCGUCGCUCUGUGCAGCUCUUCUGUGUCUCCAACGCCACCUGGGUGCCCUACACGGUACAGGAGCCCACAGACUGUGCCUGCCAGUGGUCCUGAGACCUGGCU